AUGAAUAGACACAAAGAACUGUAUGCAAAACAAUUUCAGCAUAAAGAAAACAAAUGGAGAGAUCUACUACACGAACGUUUUAUGGAAUCAAUGAAAUUGAAACGUACACAUUUUAUCGAUCACCUUCGAAACAUAUACAAUUCAGAACCAGAUAGUUUAACCGAUCAACUACUUCUUCAAGAGAAAAGAGAACUCUUAAAAAGUUUGGUCUCAGGUAGUGAAGCGGAACAAUUAGAUCUGGAUAGUUUAAUCUUACUACAAGACAGAGUUCUAGAUGAAUUAUCUGUUGAAAUUGAGGAAUAUUUCAACCCAGAAUUUUGGAAUAAUACAAAUAGUAAUAAUAAUGGUGCAAAUCAAUUUCAUUUGCCAAAUGAAUCUAACAGUGAAAAUGUUCUUUGUCCUUUAUGUCGAAUUGGCUAUUUAUCUAUGAAUAGUACAAUUCUCACUUGUUCUUCAUGCAGUUUAAAUCUAGAUACUCAAACUGAUAGUCUCAAUCUUACCACCAUAAAAAAUAGUUUAAUUGAUGCAGAAACAAAGCAUCAAGCUUCCGGUUGUUCCAAUACAUCACUACAUGCUUGGCUUAUUGAUCAAAAUACUAUUAAUUGUCAAUCACUUACACAAAAUGAUGACUCAAAUGUUAAUGACAUGCUUCACAAAUCAGCAGAAAUUGUCCAACUGUUAUGCAUUGGGUGCGACCAAUGUUCAUUCAUGGAAGUUGUUGUUUGA